AUGAUCGCCGUCUCCAUCCCCACGGCGGCCCCGGGCAGUCCCGACCGGGCGCACACGGUAUUCUGGGUGGAAGUGCUGAGCAAUGGCCGGCGGCACACGGUGGCCAAGCGCUACAGCGAGUUCCAGGCGCUGCACAAGCGGAUCAAGAAGACCUGCAAGGUCCCCGACUUCCCCUCACGCCAUGUUCCCAACUGGAUGCCCAAAGCGCUGGAGCAGCGGCGGCAGGGCCUGGAGCUCUACAUCCGGAGUGUCUUGUACCACAACAAGGAGCUGCCUCAGGAUCUGCUGGACUUCCUGAAGGUGCGGCGUGGCCAGCAGGACCCCAGGGCCAGCAGCCCCUGCAUCAACCACCCAGCGGCCUCCCAGCGGCCCGUUGUCGGCUUCUGCACUGACCCCUACACGUGGGCACCGUGCACAGCCCUGCUUCCUGACACCAUCCUCAGCGGAGUGCUGCAGGGCCUCUACCUCCCCCCCUGCUGCACCCCCAGCCCGGCAGCACCCUUAGCCCUGUGGUCAAAAUAG